AUCCGCUUUUCAAGUCCGGUCCAUAAAAUUACACACAAUUCUGUCUCUAAAAUUUUCAGUACUUUGUCGCAACUCUUUUAAACUCGUACACACUAGUUCAUAUCGGUGCGAAGAAACGAGCCCUAAAUUUACUAUAUAGUCGGUGAGUUUAAGCAGUGUUUGGGUGGGUAGGUGUUAAUUGUGAGUUUUAAUUUGUUAUGGGCAAGGAAGGAGAGGAGGUGAGUGAGGUUAAGGAGGUUGUGGAGAAUGGAGUUGCUUCCAUUCAGGAACAAGGUGAUUCUGUGGUUGACAAGACGGACGAUGCCAAAGAUGGAGUAAAAGAUAUGGAAGAGGAUCCCAACGGUGAGGAGAAAUUUGAGACUGAAAUGGAUGUAGACAACGAAGAAACUCGGGAACCGGAGAAAGAAGAUGUGAAAGAAGAUUCUGAAUCAAAGGAAAAGAAAGACGAUGAAGAGCCUAAGAGCGCAGCUGUAGAAGAAGAGAAUGGGGCAAAAUCGGAAGAGGAGAGCAAGGAUAAAGUCGAGAGUGCUCCUGGAUUGUCGGUGGGUGAUGAAAGUGCCGAUAAGGACGCAGAGAAAAGUAUCUCAAAGAGAAAACGUGGGAAAGGAAACCCGAAAGCAGAUGAGGAAAAAUCCAAAAAUAAGAAGACUGUGGAAAAGAAGAAAGAGGAGCCCAAGACCCCUGUAGCUCCUGCAAGCGAUCGCCCAGUACGUGAGAGGAAGUCCGUAGAAAGGCUUGUCGCAACUAUUGAGAAAGAUUCGGGUAAAGAAUUCCAUAUUGAGAAGGGCCGUGGUACUGCACUAAAAGACAUACCCAAUGUGGCAUACAAAUUAUCAAGGAAGAAGAGUGAGGAGACUUACAAAUUGCUUCAUACAAUUCUGUUUGGAAGAAGAGGAAAGGCAUCUCAGGUUAAGAGUAACAUCUCCCAGUUUUCUGGCUUUGUAUGGCAUGAUAAUGAGGACAAACAAAAGAACAAAGUUAAAGAAAAGCUCGACAAGUGUGUGAAAGAAAAAUUAUUGGAAUUCUGUGAUGUCCUCGAUUUGCCAAUAGCCAAGGCUACUGCUAAAAAGGAAGAUAUUGUAACAAAGUUGUUUGAAUUUUUGGAAGCUCCUCAGGCUACUACCAGCGAGUUACUUGCUGAUAAAGAACUGUCAAGCAAAGGUGACAAGCGCAAGAGAUCAAGCAAAAAGAGUACCUCAACAUCUGAGAGUGCACCUUCAAAAAGCUCAGCUAAGAGUCGGAAGAGGAGUGCCAGUGCAUCCAGAGGGGAGGAGAAAGACGAUGCACCUGAAACGGACAAUGAUCGUGAACAAGAAGAUGAUGCACAUGGAGGACAGGAAAAUGUGGAUCCUAGUUCCGAUGGAUCUGAAGAUGAAAAGCUUGAGCUUGCCAAAAGUGAGAAUAAAGAAAUGGAUACUGGUGCCGAGUCUGAAGAAGAGACUAGAAAGCGCAAAAGGGUUUCCUCAAAGAAAUCAUCUGUAAAGAAGAAUACACCAGAGAAUGCUAAACCCAAAAAAGCAACGACAGUUAAAAACUCGAGCCCCACACCAAAGAAAACACCGUCAAGACCAUCCUCUAGUCAUCUUAAGGUUUAUGACAGUGAUAAGACUCCAAAGGGAUCCGCGGGGAAGAAGAAGACUGAAGCAGUCAAGGAGAAGUCACCAACAGCAAAGAAAUCUGCUUCCAAAGACAUUACUGGCAAAAAAGUUGUGAAAGGAAAGGAGAAAAAACCUAAAGCGGAGAAGUUAAAGCCCAGCGAUGCUGAGCUUAAAAUUGCAAUAUGCGAAAUCCUGAAGGAGGUGGACUUCAACACGGCUACCUUUACGGACAUUCUAAAGUUACUUGGUGAGCGGUUCAGUACAGAUCUCGUACCCAGAAAGACCACUAUUAAGCACAUGAUACAGGAUGAGCUAACCAAACUAGCCGAAGAGGAGGAGGAUGAGGAAGACGAAGAAAUUGAAGCUGUAAAAGAUGACAAGCAGGCAGGCAAGGGGGUGGAAGUCUGAUUCUCAGAUGAAAGUUCUUCAUUAAGAGUAGUAUGUAGUACAGGCAAUUAAGUUAUCAUUGCAAUCAUAACCCCUUAUAUGUUGUUUGAAGUUAUGUUUAUGUUGUCCGUUCAGUUAUGACUGAGUACAGCGGGCUGUAAUAUAUUAGUGGGAUUGUUUAUAUGCUGGCAUAGUCUGAAGUCGGUAGAAAUUAAUAGGAGCAGAAGAUAAGUUAUAUAUCCAUGAACGUGGGGAUUUAGGUAAUUUUUCUUUCUAGUCCUUAAUGUGACAUUGUAACCAUUUAGCGGAUUGAAUUUUAUAGUGGCUGGAAAUUGGAUUAAAUUUCUCUUAUCAUCUUCAAA